AUGAAGAAUGCUUCGAAUUGUUGGAACGUUAAAGCGCAGAUUACUCCUUGCAUUAUUUUAGAGGUUGAACUAACGAAUACAUCACCAGCCGCGACUUCGUUCGUGUCGACGACCGAAUCAACGAAACGCACAAUGAGUUCAGCAUCUGCUGAAUCGUCACACAAACUGAAUCGUCACAAUCGUCACAGCACUCCAAAUCCCAGUAUGCGAGAUCUAUCUGCUUCAAAUAAUCGAUCUUCGAAGGCAUUCCCAACUUCGGAAAGUAUCCCUCGCGAGCCACCGAAAACGUCGGCACACAAAGAUAGUGUCAACUACUCAACUUCAGCCAGUAUCCUCUCAAAUGCAUCAUUACCAUCAGAUUCAAGUCGUUUCUCAGAAAGUUUAUCCUCAAAAACUCCAACACGUACAGUGGCCACUUCUUCACCAUCCGUUCCACACGUCAGAUCAAAAGUUUCACUUUCAGUUUCGGAGCAUGCAUCCAUGAGGUCGUCCUCAACUGCGCCAUCGCAACAGAACAAUAUCACUACUUCCUCUAGGAUGUCAGUCCAAAGGUCAAAAACUAUUCCGAAUGCUACAUCAAGAAGCACACACAGGUCACAUGAAAGUGCCAAUAAUAGUGAACAUAAUAGUGAACAAGUAACGAUACUGACAAGUCGGUUGUCCGAGAGUAAGGCAGCUAGCCGAACUCAUCACGAAAUCUCGUAUGAACCAACUGAAUCUAUCAUGAAAGUUCCUGAUUAUGUGGCAAAAGCGAGCACAACUUCUCCGACGCAUCACGCUUACUUGAAUGAUGAAACAGAAUCUGGUCAAAAUACCAGAGAAUCAUCUGAAGGGCUCAUCAGAGCUACAACUGUAGCUCAUUCAUCUCCAUNGAUCAUCACUUCAUCCGUACAAACAUCUAGUAUAGUUGUAGGUUCGAGCGGUACAAAUUUAGUCGAGAGCAGCACAAUGAGUAUUCCGACUUCAGCACCUAGCUGGGUGCAUGAUGUAACUGAAACACACUCACAUAUAGUACCUGUAUGCCAAACGCCAACAGAGGCGAUACCGUCGACUGAAUCAAGCGUCGAAUCUGAAACAGUUCAAGCGUCGUCAUCAUCAUCAGAUGGUUCAUUUCAACCCUCUCAGCCUAUUAAAACAAGGUACAUUCACGAGAGCACGACUGAUGCUGAACAUCAAUCAUUAACUAAGCUACACCGAUUACUGACAACGGCGAGGUCAUUGACCGGUGUAAUGUUCACAACGAACAACCCGCCGUCCAAUCAUUUAUCAACAUUCGCUUCAGCGUCCCACAAAAUGCACACAAUGGUGCCAGCGUCCGAUAAAUUACCAAUGCCAAGUCCAGCCUCCCAUGAUGCGCUCACACGGGGUUCAUUGUCCGAUAAAACUUUAACAACACCUCACACGUCGUCGGCCAGUACGUUGUUGACACCUGCAGAUAUAUCAUCACUUACAACUUCAUCAUCACCAAAGUUAGCUGAAAUCAAUGAAAAAUCAUCAGUGACACUGAAUUUACAUGAAAAAACUUCAUUAGUUUCUGAAACGUCGGGCGAAAUGGACGAUAAAACAAACUCAACUGGUAGCGUAACGAGUCAGUAUGCUGAAAAGAAAACAACUGUGCAUAAAAGACAUCAGAGUUCAUCCGAAUCCCAGAUACCCGUUGCAUCCAAUUAUCCACAAGCAGUACAGAGCACUCAGCAAGCAAACGAACAACAACCUCAUUCAAAUACAGUAACACAUGAAGUCGAACAUAAAAAGCAUACGUCGUCAUCAGAAAACAUUCACUACAUUAGCACUUCCAAAUCAGAUGAAACGAAUCUGAUGCCCACUCCGGCUGAGAAGGCCGAAUCUCAUGUGGUGACAGCUUCAGUUCAUGAGCAAACAAUCGCAGAUCAAGGUCAAAUCUCAACAGAACAACAGAACAAACUGCAGAAUCGAACCACUUUUCCUGUCACAGCAGUGACAAAGCCAGAAUAUCAUGAAAAUUCAACUAUUUACACAUGCCGUUCAAAACGUCUUCGUAACUCAUCAGUGACACUAACGGUCCAUGCAAAGAGCAUUACGCAUAGCGCCGCAGUAACACGCGAAUCCAGCAGUCCUGAGAAGCAGCCACAUGAUACUGACUAUAAAAAGACAGAAGCAUCAGAUUCAUCGACUGAAAUAGGUGAAAAACCCAAUAUUAGUACCAUAAAUUUCACUAAGAAAUCACAAACAACACAAAGUCAACUACACGAGGAGACGAUCAGGCGCGAAGUCAGCACUUCAGAUCGAAAACUCGAAAAUUCACUCCCAACCACUGCUCCUCUUCUAACCCUCGAAAAUAUUUCAACUGAACCGUACGAUAGGACAAUCAAACAUGACCACACAAAUUCAGAAUCACCGAUGUUUCUCACGGAACCUAAAACCACUUCUCCAACAAAUGGAGUGAUAUUGCCGGAACAUCAUGCAGAAUCAACAAUUCACACAUAUAAUUCAAAAUCCCUUCCGAACUCAUCAGUAAUACCUGGCACCAUAACAAAUGUUGUGGAAAAUACUCAAACUGAUCUCCGUACAUCAGCAGAAAAUGCAAAAGAAACUGUUGGUCAGGGCGAACUUGUGUCUAUAACGGCAACGACAAAUAUUUCAUCUCAUCAUGUGCUGAAACCAACCGAGGAUGUUGGAACUUCAUCCUUAAAAGUUGAGCAGAUCAGUGAAAGUAUGCAUUCGAUUUCCGGCACACCAGAACAGCCAGUUUCUUCAGAUCAACCGUCGACACAAGGAACUCAGACUGAAGUGACAGAAUACAGUAAUCCAACAGCAGCAGCAGCAUCUUCAACGCAAUUCAUGGAAUCUCCAAGCUUGAACCAUGAAUGGCUUGAGCCAUCGAUUGUUGAUGAAACACAUUAUUCAGAACCGAUGGCAGCAACUAAUACACUCGAAGAGGCUAGUUCAAUUUCGAUGCAACACCAUCAUAGCAGUGUUUCAUUGGACUAUUGGAGCAAACAGUCCGAUUCGUCUUAUCCAGAUCAUUCUCGUGAGAUCACACAGUCUGAUCAAACGCUCUCACUGGGUGAUACAAGGUUCAGUGCAAAGACGGACGAGAAGAUAAGCUCACUCAAAAUCCCACAAGAAUCUCAAAAUGCUUCAACAACUACUAUGCAGCGAAGCGAUAGAUCGUUCGGUAUUUCGCAAACAUCAUCGCACAGCGCAAGUCUUCUUCCUUUUGAUCAGGAGACAAGCAUAAGAACGACUAGUGUUCAAAAGAGCAGUUCCCUUCAAACAUCUCAAGCAUUUGGGUCAUUCAGCACAGAGACUAAGUUAAGUGCAUCAGAGAUUUCAGCGAAUGAUGCUGUGCAUACACAGUCAACGUAUGUCGAUAUCUAUAACAUACCGAACGAAACAGAGAGGUCAUAUGGAACUGGCCAAACAUUUGCUACGGAAACUCUUACACCAGCUAUAAAGCAAACUGAAGAGCUGACCGAGGGUCGGACUGCAGCCACCAUGGCCACGGAACAAAAAAUUCAUUCGAGAAUACCUACAGAAUCAAGCAAUCGAGAUAAAAAUUUGACGGUCACUCACAUGAUGCCAACAAAGUUCACUAGUAAAUCCCAUCAUGCAUUUCUACCAGAUUUUACUCCUAGAACGAUGUCUAAAGAGCACAAAUCCAUCAAACCAACCCAUAUGAGUCAGUCACGUGUUCUCUCAACAGAAGCGCUAAUGAGCACGAAUAAAUCCAGUAGAACCGCAGAUAACUAUACACAGCAUUCGUCUCAUAUUCCUUAUAAUGUAACCCUUGCAGAAACUAGCGGACCUGCAAGAGUUGUCAAAUACUCUAGCGAAAUUCCAACGGUUACUGAGAGUGCUGAAAGCAUCAAUCGUAGCAUUGCCAAAAAGGAACUGAAGGUGUCCAGUGUCGAAGCCACUGAAUCUAUAAAUCAACAAAAGCAAUCUAAAAAAGCACCUCAGGCUUACAGUGGCCUUACGAUACGGAACGGCUUUGUGGAAACAACAGAAGGAGCAUCAUCCACAACCAUUACACCAAAUUCAACAGCAAUUCAAAGGGUUCCAUUGUCCAAGACAACUCCUAUGAGAAUGGAAACAAAAUCAGUUAAGGUAGCGAAAAUCAGCAAAACCUCCGAUCACAUGAAAGCUCCAAAUCAUUCGAUUAAUGUUCACAAUUUGCAUUCAACAGAUAAUGCCGAUACUGCUCGCAUGUCAUCUACAGAACAUGUCCCAUUAAACAGUCGAGAAGAACAAACGCAAACCUCUUCGAGAAACUUGACCAGCGAAAAAGUAAACAAUACAACAAUACCCUUGCUAAAAUCACAUACUACGAAGCAAACGACCGGUGGCAACGAUCGGAUGAAAGUAAAAUCAGUAUCGCAAAUGCAAAUUCACGAAAUGCCAUCCAUUUCCGAGAUGCCAUCCAUUCACGAAACGUUUACACGUAAACCAGUCGAAUCUACAGUUUAUUUCGAUGAAUCCACACAUCCGAACAGUAAAAUCAUGCAUCUUGCUGAAAAACCCACUGGGUCAUCUGAUAAGGUCGCACAAGCAUCUAACAAAAUCCCGCAUCGUGCUAAUAAAUCCGCAUCUUCACCUGUAAAAACUUCAGCCAGCAGCAUUUAUGAAGAAUCGACUGGAGUAUCAACAGAGGCAUCGACAACUCAAUCACAUUCUAAGACAAUAAAACAAUUACAACCAAAGCCACCAGUAACCCGAAAUCCAAAUCGAACGGCUGCAAAUCGAACAGCUGCAAUGCUUCCAACUGCAUCUGUAUUGCCAACAACAACUGAAGAAGUCGCCACAACACUUCCGGCUUAUUGCCACAACCCGUGUCCAUCGUUGCAAUGGCGAGAAGGUAAGAAUUACUGUUAUCAUUGGCUGAAUCAGUCAUUGUUCAACACAUACGAUGAGGCUAUGCAAUACUGUCGAGCGUAUUUCACAAUGGUCGGUGUUGAGGACUUCUUGUAUGAGCAAAAUAUUCAACUAUUCAUGGAAAUGAGCUCAGAAAUAUCCAGUCGUACCGACUUGAUAUUCUUGUUCGCUCCGCUGACAACUGAAUACAAACUGACUCGAAUAGUGAGGAUAGCGAAUAUAAACGCUAGCAGUGUAUUUCGCGUGAGUGUCGCUCGUAAAGUGAGCAGCAGCUUGUCAGUUCAGAAUGUUGGUGCAAUAUGCAAAUUGAACAAAUAUUGUGCACCGGUGGUAUGCAAGUUCGAAGCAUUCGUUCAGAAUAGACAAAUAUAUCUGGAAUUACCGAAGAAGAAAUCUGUGCCUGAAGGAGCGAUCAUUAAUAUACCGUGUAAAGCGAAUCCAUCCGAAGUAUUUAAUCUGACUUAUGCUUGCACGAGUACUGGUGAAUUUCAGCCAGAUCCCAGCGAUCAGCGAUGUGUCCCGUCAGUACAAACAAGUUAG